CACGUGACCGCCUAGUCAGCUGACCUGUGUUGAGCCGGAAGAAUCCCUGAAAGGAGUCGGUCUCUUGGCACCAUGAGAUUCCGGUUCUGUGGCGAUCUGGACUGUCCUGACUGGGUCCUGGCAGAGAUCAGCACACUGGCCAAGAUUUCCUCUGUGAAGCUGCGGCUGCUGUGUAGCCAGGUGCUAAAGGAGCUUCUGGGGCAGGGCAUUGAUUAUGAGAAGAUCCUGAAGCUUACUGCUGAUGCCAAGUUUGAGUCUGGAGAUGUAAAGGCCACAGUCGCGGUGCUGAGUUUCAUCCUCUCGAGUGCAGCCAAGCACAGUGUGGACAGCGAUUCCUUGUCCAGUGAGCUACAGCAGCUGGGGCUGCCCAGAGAGCUCCGUCUACCUGCAGAGCACGCCACCAGCCUGUGCCGCUGUUAUGAAGAGAAGCAGAGCCCCCUACAGGAGCACCUUCGGGCCUGCAGCUUGCGCGUGAACAAGCUGGCCAAUGUGAGCUGGCGGGUGGACUACACCCUGAGCUCCAGCCUGCUGCGUUCUGUCGAGGAGCCCAUGGUGCACCUGCAGCUAGAGGUUGUGCCUGCACCGGGUGCCCUAGCCCAACCUGUUUCCAUGUCCCUCUCGGCAGACAAAUUCCAGGUUCUCCUGGCAGAACUGAAGCAAGCCCAGACCCUGAUGGCGGCUUUGAGCUGAGAAGGGUGUGGGUGUUCCCGGCCUCUGUGGAGCUGCCCUACCUGCACUGAGUCGCUCCCCUCCACACGUCACUUCCAAAGGUGGCUCUGUUCUCUUGGCCCUCUGGCUGCUGGCUUUCUCCAUGGGACUCCUGGGGAUCUUCCAUAGAAUUCCCUUCUUUCCUUUGAAAAAAAAAAUACUUAUUGACCAUUUUUUACAGGAAAAAAAGAAUAAACUUGUAUACAGAAA